AUGUCCACCACAACCCUCCCCCAAACAAUGCGUGCCCUCCUCCAACCCAGCAUCCAAGAAACCCGUCUCAUCCAAACCACUCUGGGCACGCCAAUCCAGGACCUCAACGACAAUGAGCACCUGAUUCGCGUCCACUGCGUGUCCCCCUGCGCGAACGAACUCAACUGGCUAAAAUACUUCCCCCCGCCGAAGCCCCGGACUCAAAUCCCCUGCUACGACAUCGCCGGCACGGUCGUCAAAUCGCCCGAGAAUUCCCCUUUCUCUGUCGGAGACGAGGUUUACGCUCGAACCAAUUAUCUCCGACCCGGUUGUGCCAGCGACUACGCCAUCGCCGUCACCGAUGAACUGGCGCAUCGACCGCAGAACCUCAGCUGGGCGGAGUCGACUGCCGUCCCGCUUUCGGCGCAAACGGCUUGGCAGGCUUUAUUCGUUCAGAGCGCAAUUGGGGCCUUUGACAGUGACGAGUGGAAGGGGAAGAGGGUUCUUGUUACUGCUGCUUCUGGGGGAGUGGGGAUCUGGGUUACCCAGCUUGCGAGGCUGGUUGGUGCGACGGUUGUCGGGACGUGCGGAUCGAGAAAUGUGGGAUUUGUGAAGGGUUUGGGGGCGAGUGAGGUUAUUGACUAUCGCAAGACAGAUUUACGAGCGUGGGCAGAGGAGCCGGGGAGCAUGGUUGAUGUAGUUGUUGAUUGUGUUGGGGGGAAGUCGCUGGCGGAUGCGUGGUGGUGUGUGAAGGAUGGGGGUGUUUUGGUUAGCAUCUUCCAGCCCCCGGAGCAGGUUCGACCAGAGGGGUUGAAGGAGAAACGUGUUAAGAGUUUGUUCUUUGUGAUGGAGCCAAAGAGGGAGCAUCUUGAGGCUAUUACGAAGCUUGUUGAAGCCGGCAAGUGUCGGCCAGCUGUGGAUAGUAUUUGGCCUUUGGAGCUUUUUGAGGAGGCUUUUGCGAGGUUGGAUGGGGGACAUGCUAGGGGGAAGAUCAUUUUGGAUUUGACUCUUAAUCAGUGA